AUGUUAUAAGAAAUUGAGUUGACUCUUGAUCAAAUUUUAAUUCAAAUUGAUAAACAUGAUGAUGAGCUUGAUUUUUCUGAAGAAGGAGGACUUGUUCGUAUAGUAGCAUUUGAUUAAUUGAAACUUGAUUUGAAAAACAAGAUUAUUGUAAUCAAUUUAUCUAAAAAUCGAUUGAAAAUGAUUGAAGAAGUGAAUCAAUUUUUUAAUUUAAAAACAUUAGAUGUUAGUCACAAUAUUAUAGAAGAUGCAAAAUUAAAAACAAAGAAAUUACAAUAUCUAAAUUUAUCACAUAAUAGAUUAAAAAAAUUCCCAGAUUGCGGUCCAUUAUCUUAACUUAAAUAUAUUGAUAUUUCUAAUAACUCUAUUACAACAAUCUUAAAUAAUGAUAUAAAAUAAUUCUCAAAAGAUUUAGAAGUAUUAUUAAUCAAUGAUAACUUAAUAAAAUUUUUACAUGGUUAUGAUGUUAAAAAUAUUCUUGAAGAAUUAAAGUAAUUGAAAAUCUAGACUCUAAACAUAUUGAGAAAUCCAUUUUUAAAAAAGCAACCAUUAAUUGAAACUGCAUUUGCUGUUACAUUAUCUGGAAUGCUAAAAACUUUGAAUAAUAAAUCUACAGAUUUAUUUAUACCUGAUGCUAAUUUCAAUAUUGAAGAUAUAUUAGGAAAUGUUGAAUUUUUAGAUAGUGAACCUGAUGAAGAAGAUAAAGAAUAUGCUAAAUAAUUAUGUGAUAAGAUAACAAAAUGUAUAAAUGAUCCUUAAGCUAUUGUUCCUUGUCUUAGAAAGAUAGAUGAUUUAGUAAAUAAGAUAAUUGUUUAACCAAAUAAAGCUGAUUUGUGUUUUCUAGAUAAGGAUCCAAAAAAGUAACAAUAAAUUGCAGAAUAUAUAGACAGUUUUUUAUAAAAUUGUUUUCUUUUUGCUUAAAAUCAAUAAAGUUAUGUAGAAUAAAUUCUAAAAGCUUUAGCAUAAUUAGCUAUUGUUAAAUGCUUAGAAAUAGGAAGAAGAUGUUUUUAAAUGGUGGUAGAAAUAGUGAGAAGUGGAACUGGUAUGGCAAUAAUAGCUAGAAAUAUUAUUUAGAAAUAUAGUAUUCCUCUAUUAUAGUAAUAAAAGGAAUUAGAAUAUGUUCCUACUUUUGUUAUGGAAGGUAUUUUAAGAACUGUAGAAGAGAGAAAUGAUGAGGAAAUGGUUCCAAUAAAGUUGGCUCAAUUGAAUUUUGUAGAUUGGUUAGAUUAAAUUAUGGCUAAUUAUAUGAAAGAUAUGGAUAACUUAAGAGAAGAAUAAUAAUAAAGAGAUGUGUUAUUUCUAAAUUUUAUGGCUUAAUUAGCGGAAUUUCAAAAAUUUGCAAAUGAAUAUCAUUAUAGAGGGAUUAUAACUAAAAGUUUAGUUUUAUUCAAAUUAUUAUUAUAAUCUGAUUUAGAUGAAUAAUAUAUAGGUGUAUUAUAUUUGAUUAAUAAUUCAAUGAAGAGAAGUCAGAUAUGCACAAAAGAAGUAUUGGAAUCUAGAUAAACAGCAUGUAAUUUCAUUAAAGAUGUGGAAGAUGAAUUAAGAAAAUAUCUAUUUAUGUUUAAAAAAUUCAGAAAUUCUCUUUUAAAUCCUGAAACUAAAGAAAAUAAAGAUACUAUUUUAUUGAGAUAUGAAAAAGUGGGUAUUUUGAUAUAAGUAUAUGGAACAAUAUGGAAAACGGAUACAAUUGUAUAAUAAUAAAUAAAAGAUAGCUUUUUAGUUAAUGAAUUAUUUUAAAUGGCAACAAUUCCAGCAAUACAUCCUUAUUUAAUAAAUGCAGUAGCUAUUUAUAUUAGAAAACUAUUGAAAAACAAAAUCAUUAAAAUAUAAUAACCUGGAAUAGAUAACAAUGAAAUAGUCAAAUAUAUUUGUUUAAAAACUCAUAAUUGUGAAUUAUUAUUACAUUAUUUAGGAGGAGAUUACUAUGUAUUAAUGAUGAAAUAAUUAGAUCCAACAAUUUAAAAAUUAACUAAAAAUUUAAGUUCAUUAUUAAAUACUAAGAUACAUGAAGUAUUUAGAAAUAUUAUCAAAUUACUUAAAUUUUUUUCUAAGAAUGCUAUUGGUUAUGAUAGUCCAAUUUCUGAUAUAUGUAUGGAAGUAAGUAAGAAUUUAGAUAAUAAUGGAAGAGAUGAAGCUUUAUUUAUAGUAUUAGCAACUCCUAGUGAUAUGGUUAGAUUGGCUGUAGUUUAAUGUUUAUUAACAAUUAAAGUUUCCUAAUUAGAUUCUAAAGAAAUUGGUAAAUUAGUUACUCUCUUGGGUUCUUAUAGGAAUUUAGGUGCUGGUAAAACAGAAAGUGUAGUUGCUAAUAUUAUGAUGAUAUUGACUAAGAUUGUUGUUGGUGAGAAAUCAUCAUCUAGAGAAGAUUUUGUAACUGUAUUCAGUUAAAAUGCAACAUUAUAUGCACUUGAUAUUUUAGAAAGAAAUUAAGAACGUGAUCUAUUAGAAUUAGGUGAAGACAAUUCAGAAUAUUAAGAAAAAGUAGAAUUAUCUUUUGGAACUAAUAAUUUUCUAAAAUCAUUACAUUGUGAACCAUUAUUAAGAGAAAAUCUUAAAGGACUAUAUUAAGCUUAAUGUAUGAAGAAUUCACUAUUGAAUGAAGAUAGUUUAUUAACACCUGAAACUUUAGAUAUAGAUAUUGAAAGAUCAUUUAUUGGUAAAUAAUGUUCAUAUUUAAUAUCUGUAUUAUUCAAUAGAGAUGCAUUAUUACCAUACAAAAAGGUAUCAGAUAGAAUAUUGAUAAGAAUUGCAGAGAAUUUAGAAAUGAGACCUGAAGAUGAAGUUGAAGAUUUAAGUAAGGUCAAAAAUCCAGGUUUAUAUGAUUUCAAAGAAAUUCAAAAAAAUUGGAAGAAAAUAGCUUUAGAAAGAAGAGCGAAAUAAACAGAAAUAUGGGAUGCUAUGAAAACUAGUGCAGAUCCAUUUCUAGUAAUUGAAAAUUAAGAAGAUUCUAUUUAUCAUUAAAGUUAACAUUAAUUGUUUUAUGAUUAAGAAGGAGCUAUUAAUUUGUUGGGUUUCUUAGUUGGUCGAAAUCAUUCAGCUAAAUCUUUAUCUUUAAAAGAAUAUUUCCUUGAAAUCUUUGGAAAUUAAUUAAAUUUUGAAAGAAUGCUUAAUUCAAUCAAUUUCUAUAUUCGUGAAUAAGUUCAUGAAUACUUUGAUAAUUUAAAUAAAUAAUAAGAAAUUAAAAAAUUAUCUACUUCAAGAAUGAAUGAAAAAUUAACAACUAUAUUUUAAGGAUUACCUAUGCCUACAGAUCCAUUAAGAGGAUUUAUUAAAUAGAAACCAUAUUUUAAUCCAAAUAAGAUUAUUCAUUUUCCAAUGUUUGCAAAAAAAGCAUUAAGUAUAACUCAGGAACAUAUUACUUAUACAGGUAUUAAAUUUGAAGAAAGAACUAUUACUGUAUGUGCAUAUUUGAGAAUUGUAUAUUCUUUAUUAGGUUAUUGUCCAUAGGAUAUAAAUAAACCAAAUAUUUAAAGAUAGAAAAUGGCUGAAUAAUUGGGAUAGAGAGCUGAAUAUAUUAGAGAGUUAACAUUAAUUUGUUAAUGGGCAGAUUGGCAUAAUGGUAAUAUAGGUGCCAAAUAUCUUAAAAUAAUGAAUGUAAUUUUAGAAUAUUCAUUUUGUGCUAAAGAAAAAUAGUUUAUAACAUCUUUUUUUGUUAUUGCCAAGGCAGUUAGGGAUAUGUUAGAUAUUAUCUCUGUUAAACUAUAAAAUGAAGAUAAAUUUCCAUUGACUUAUGAUGAUUUGGUUUUGAUUAAAGAAACAUGUGAAUGCAUGAGUAAAAUUGCUUCUAAUUUAACUAAAAUAUCAUAUGAAGAUAAAAUUAUGGAAACAUAUGAAAAAGAUUACCCUGAUGAUUUCUAAAAACAAAGAACUGAAGAAAGAAAUUAAAUAGCUACUAUGAUCAAUAGAUAAAUCGAUGAAUAUAUCUUACUCAAUUUGCUUCCAUUAUAAGGUUUUACUAUAUUCUUAGAGAUUAUUGUUUGGGAUAUGUAGUCAGAAAAAAGUCUUCUGGCUGCAGUGAGCUUAGAUGAAAAGUUUUUUAAAAUAAAAACAUAGACAAGAUCUUCUUUGAUUAAAUUAGUUGGUUUAUAUAUAGUGAAAUGUAAAAGUUUGAAAUUUUAAAUUCUUUCUGUAUUAACUAAAAUGGAAGUGUUUACCAAAAAAUUCAUAAGAUAAUCGUUUAUCUAAGAAAUAUUAGAAGAUUUAUUUUCAUUUGAUUAUUAAUUAAAAUUGCAAUCAAGUUUAUUAAAUAGAUCAAUUUUAAUUAAAAAUAAGGAUGAUGAAGACUAAUAAGGAAAUUCAAGGCCAGAUUAUUAUGUUGAACAUUUUAUAAAAUGCUAUUAUCAAACAUAAAAAGGCCUCAAUAUUCCUGCAUUGGUUGUAGUUACUUCAAAAUAUUUUAUAUUAUGUGAAGCUGAUGAAGAAAUCAAAAAGAAAAAGAAUCCUUCUCCUGAAUUUGAAAAUCCAAAAUUAUUAAUGGAAUUUACAUCUCUUAAAUUGAUAUUCAAAAUAAAUAAAUCAUAAGUAAAUAAUAAAUUAUUAUUUUAGAUCGAAGGUUGUUAUAGGAUGGAAAGUGAUCAAAGAGUUUGUAUCCUUUAUUCUGUAACUGAUUAACCUCCUCCAUUUAAAGAUGAAGAUUCUUUAGAAGUUGCAAUCAUAUUCUUCACAAAAAUUAUAUCAUUUAUGAAAUUCUAAAUAGCAUUAAGUAAUAUAAAAUUUUCUGAUGAUACAAUCAGUCAAGGUGCAUUAUUACAUAUAAGUAAUGGAAUUUAACCAAAAUGUAUAAUGUGGGCAGUUUACAAUCCUGAAAAACCAAUAUUCAACAAAUUUAAAGAAUUUCACAAAAAAAGAAUGUUGAUUCAUAAUGAUGGAACAUAAAUUAGAUUAUUCACUGAAAAUCUUGAAGAUUGGUAAUAAUUUAUUCAUUAACAUUAAUAAGGUUUUUCCUUAAACCAGAUUUAAUGCUUGAACAAACAGUAAAUAAGAAAUAUGCAAAACUUACUUCAGACACAUAAAAAAAACAAGCAAGUGAACAAAGUUAUUUCAAAUUGAAAGGAUCAUAUGAUUUAAGUAAAAUGACCUUACUUGAGAUAGAUUAAACUUUACAUAAUUAAUUAACUUUGUGGUUUGGAACUUAAAAUAAUUUACGUUUACUUUUUGGAUGUGAUAGAGCAAGAGAAAUAUUUAAAUAUUCUCUUCUAAAAUCAAUCGAAGUGAAGAAAUUCCAAAUUAGUAAUGGGAAAUGA